AUGGACAAGUUAGAGGCCCCAUGGGAGGACGUAGCCAAGCGCUUCCAAGAUCGUCGUGCCGCGUCCUUCCCGGUCAGAUGGCUUGUCCCUCAAGACGAGCUAAAUCAAGCUUCACACGCGAUCACUCGUGUCGCCGACUUGUUGCCAAAAUGGCUUUCAGAUGAGGAGAUCCGCAUCACCGAGCUGGGUGCAUCUGCACUGGCAGCCAAGAUCCGGGAUGGCGAAUGGACGUCGCUACAGAUCACUGAGGCGUUCUGCCACCGCGCAACCAUCGCCCACCAGUUGACCAACUGUCUGACUGAGGUCUUCUUUGACGAGGCUCUGGAGAGCGCGCGACGGUUGGACGAGCACCUGAAGUCUACAGGAAAGCCUCUAGGACCGCUGCACGGCGUGCCAAUCUCUGUCAAGGACCAUUACAAUGUCAAGGGCCAAUACACAACUGCCGGCUACAUCUCGUACAGCCGCUUUCCCGUCAGAGAAAAGGAUGCUCAUAUUGUCGAGAUCAUCCGGAAUGCCGGAGCCGUUCUCUACGCAAAGACCAACAACCCUCAGUGCAUGAUGGUCCUAGAGACAGUCAGCAACAUUUACGGCCGGACCCUCAAUCCAUUGAACACUCGAGUCGGUGCCGGAGGAUCCAGCGGUGGUGAAGGUGCGUUGCUCGCCAGUCACGCCUCUCCACUUGGCGUGGGCUCGGAUGUCGGAGGUUCCAUUAGGAUUCCAGCCGCAUUCAAUGGACUGUAUGGGUUCAAGCCUUCUGGGAAACGCGUGCCAACCGCAGGCUGGGAGUGCACCAUGACCGGUUCCGAGUCGAUUAUCGCCGUGGCGGGGCCUCUCGGCCAUUGUGUGGAAGAUUUGGAACUCUUCUUCCAGGUUGUCUCGAACGCCAAACCUUGGCUGAAGGAGCCUCUUCUGGGCUUCCCAUGGCUGUCUCAGCCAGAGCCAGAACCGUCAAAGCUGACCGUGGUGGUUGAUUUCAAGCCAUUUGAACAUAAGCGAGCAUGGGACGAAAUUCUCUUGCCGCUCUACUUCACAGACGGCGGCCUAGAUAUCAAGCAAACUCUGGAUGCUGGAAAUGAGCCAAUGUUUCCUUCAGCAAAGCGCCUGAUCAGUGAUCCUAUUGUGAAGGAGAGAUCCAUUCACGAGAUUUGGAAGCUAAAUAUCGACCGGGACAUCUACAAAAUGGACUAUCUACAGAAGUGGAAUGCUACAUCGCAGGCAACGCGUUCAGGCAAGCCUAUCGAAGUGCUCAUCUGCCCGGUUGCCUCAGUACAGGGCACUCCUCACGAUGUCAAGCCAUGGUGGGGAUAUUGCUCUCAGUGGAACCUCCUUGACUAUCCCAGCGGCGUGAUUCCCGUGGGUAGAGUGCUCGAUAGCGAUGCGUAUCCUCAAAAUUACCAGCCUGUCAACGAAUUAGACAGAGAGAACAUGGAACUUUAUGAUAUCAACCUCUACCGAGAUAUGUCGGUAGCUCUACAGGUAGUUGGGCUUACCCACGAGGAUGAGAAGGUGAUGGCCGCCAUGAAGACCAUAGACAGGAUAGUGAAUCAGGAGAAAUAA